UCGGAGGCUACACCUGGAGGGGCUCUGCGUCCUUGCUCGGGUGGGUCUGGCCCGGGCGGCUCCGGGGCACGCGCCGGGAAGGGGUCCUUAGCGCUGGGCAGCCGGGCAGGGGCACCGGUCCAGAUCUCGUUUUCACGUACGGCGAAAGGAAAUGUCUUUUGGCCGAACUCACGAUUAAACUUCGCACAUGGUGAUGGUGGGCGGAUGGAUGAGAAAUCGACCUCUGCCUGUGACAGGGGAGAUCUUGAGUGAGAGUAGCGGUUGCUGGAAGACGCCGACCUGCAAGGUUGCCUGCCUUUGCGGGCUUUAAGCCGUGACAGCCGCGGAAGAGUCGGGCGCCCCGGCGGUACUCGCGACCCUCCGAGGCUUCUGAACAGGCGAGUGUGACAUCCUGGUGGGCUGGGUGACCCCCGAUCUCUUACAGCUCUGUGUUCUGCGGUCCCCGCCCCCAAGGUCAUGAAACGAGUGCGCACCGAGCAGAUUCAGAUGGCAGUGUCCUGCUACCUCAAACGCCGGCAAUACGUGGACUCGGACGGUCCCCUGAAGCAAGGACUGCGGCUGUCACAGACUGCUGAGGAGAUGGCAGCCAACCUGACAGUCCAAACAGAAUCUGGCUGUACCAACAUAGUGUCUGCAGCCCCCUGUCAGACGGAGCCCCAGCAGUACGAAGUGCAGUUUGGACGACUGCGGAAUUUCCUCACCGAUUCUGAUUCCCAGCAUAGCCACGAAGUGAUGCCUCUCCUCUAUCCUCUCUUUGUCUACCUCCAUCUCAACCUGGUCCAGAACAGCCCGAAGAGCACAGUGGAAAGCUUUUACAGUCGCUUCCAUGGGAUGUUUCUGCAGAACGCUAGCCAGAAGGAUGUCAUCGAGCAGCUCCAGACCACUCAGACCAUCCAGGACAUCUUGUCCAACUUCAAGCUUCGAGCAUUCCUAGAUCAUAAGUACGUGGUCCGUCUCCAGGAAGACAGCUACAACUACCUUAUCCGCUACCUCCAAAGUGACAACAACGCCGCCCUGUGCAGAGUCCUCACCUUGCACAUCCAUCUGGACGUGCAGCCUGCCAAGAGAACAGAUUACCAACUCUACGCCAGCGGCGGCUCCUCACGAAGUGAGGGCAACGGCUUAGAGCCCACCGACAUGCCCGCCCCGAUUCUGCAGAACGAGGCUGCCCUGGAGGUCCUGCAGGAGAGCAUCAAGCGCGUCAAGGACGGCCCUCCCUCCCUCACCACCAUCUGUUUCUAUGCCUUCUAUAACACGGAGCAGCUGCUGAACACCGCAGAGAUCUCCCCAGACAGCAAGCUGCUGGCUGCGGGGUUUGACAACUCCUGUAUAAAACUGUGGAGUUUACGAUCCAAGAAGCUGAAAUCAGAACCCCAUCAAGUAGACGUGUCCCGCAUCCACCUGGCCUGUGACAUUCUGGAAGAGGAGGAUGACGAGGACGACGCGGCCGGCGCGGAGAUGAAGGUCCUGCGGGGGCACUGCGGGCCGGUGUACAGCACGAGGUUCCUCGCGGACAGCUCAGGGUUGCUCUCCUGCUCCGAAGACAUGUCCAUUCGGUACUGGGACCUCGGGAGCUUCACCAACACUGUGUUGUACCAGGGGCACGCCUACCCGGUGUGGGACCUGGACAUCAGCCCGUUCAGCCUGUACUUCGCCAGCGGGUCCCACGACCGCACCGCAAGGCUGUGGUCGUUCGAUCGGACGUACCCGCUGAGAAUAUACGCAGGCCACCUGGCCGACGUGGACUGCGUCAAAUUCCACCCUAAUUCGAACUACUUGGCCACGGGCUCCACCGACAAGACCGUCCGGCUGUGGAGCGCCCAGCAGGGGAACUCGGUGAGGCUCUUCACGGGCCACCGCGGCCCUGUGCUCUCCCUCGCCUUUUCGCCCAACGGUAAGUACUUGGCGUCGGCCGGGGAGGACCAGCGGCUGAAGCUAUGGGACUUGGCCUCUGGGACCCUUUACAAAGAACUGAGAGGCCACACGGACAAUAUCACCAGCCUCACCUUCAGCCCGGACAGCAGCCUGAUCGCCUCCGCGUCCAUGGACAACUCGGUGCGCGUCUGGGACAUCAGGAACACCUACUGCAGCGCGGCGGCCGACGGCUCCUCCGGCGAGCUCGUGGGCGUGUACACCGGGCAGAUGAGCAACGUGCUGAGUGUGCAGUUCAUGGCCUGCAACCUCCUCCUGGUGACUGGAAUCACACAAGAAAAUCAGGAACAUUGAUUUUUGGGUUUUUUUACCUUCAUUGUGACGGACUCGGGCAGCAGCGGCGUCGAGGGCCUCCAGAUUGUAAGUCUUACGCUCGAAUCACUGACUGACUGUGAAAGACCCCCCUUCUCUCCCCCUUCCCCUGUGCAGACAUCCUGAGCACGCCACCCUUCAGUCAGUCCCCCAAAUGUCAAAGGACUGGGGGGAGGACGGAUGGCGAUCAGCGGACCUGAGAUCAAGAAUGAGACGCUCUGGAGGUCGGACGGCAAGCUCUUCCAAAGAUGCCGCUGUGUCCCGGCGCCAGCACCUCUGUGUCCGUCUCGCUUUCCCCUCUGAAACUGCGAUGCUGAUGCUGCUGCCGCCGCGGCCGGCUGCCACGCGUGAUCCCAGGACGGUCGCAGAGGGCUCUCGGGCGGAGCGCUGCCGCGGGGUCGCGUGCCCUCAGCCGCCGGGCGGAAGGGGAUCCCCACUGAUGCAGGGGUGCAGGGGCGGGGACGAGGCACGGAGGCCAGGAUCGCCCUGGAAAAGGUCUUUCCUUUCCCGUGAUUACAGAGAACAGGAUUUUUUAUUAUUAUUAUAAUUAUAGUAAUUAUUAUUAUUAUUGAGAAGAGGAAACCUAGCACUGGCAGAGUGUCUUCUCUGCUCCCACCUUUCAGGUCUGACUCCUGACACUGGCUGUGAUACUUGGAAUUUUUGAGGUUCAGGGAAUUCAGAGAAUUUCGUAGCACAGUGUAUCGUGAGGAAGGGACAGUCUCUUGGGGACAGAAGCCACCCCCCACCAGCGUGUUUCUAGCAGCGGGUGGGCGGGUUGAUGGAGAACGCCUUGGGCUCUUGCAGGGAUGGUGGAAACGAAAGAUGCUCUUCAUAGCUGCGCUCCUGUGAACGGUUCUCCCUGAAAGGCCAUAUUGUCAUAAAGAAAAGAAAAUAACUUGAGACGAUAGGUCGCAAGGUAGAAUGAGAAAAUGUUGAAUUUCCACAUGAGCAUCUAUUCCGAGGUGUGGCUUUCUCAGUCUCUUUCUCCUGGAGCUCACCUGCUCCCACCUCCUGCAGUAGCAGUGUAAUCAGCCCUUCGUGAAAAAAGUAUAAGGACGAAUGAACACAUAUAAAACUUGGAGGAUGAAGCAAGCUCCAGUUUGUGGGGAAAGGAUUAACUAUUUCUGUUUUCUGAAAAGAGUUAUUUUGUAUUUUGUUUUCUAUUAAAAUGUAUUUAGUUUCCAAACAAAAAGUGUUGGCAUCUCAUUUAAGCUGUGAGGAGAGAGAGUGCGUGGCCUGUCCCGAGGCUCCCCUUCUGGGUGACAGCCCGUCCCGUAGGCCAGACCAGCCCCCAAGGACUUGCAUCCGUUCUCGCCUGCUCGUGUAGUCUGUCCCGCUGACCUUGAACCCCGACUCCUUGGGUGUUCACAGGGACUACCAGUAGCAUUCAGGACCGUUUCUGCAUCCAGGAUUGCCGGUUGCUGACCGGGGACAACAUAUAUUUUGCCAUCUAGAGUUAUUUUGUAAGAUUCUAUUUCCUUUUUUUUUUAAUCAAAUUAUGACAUUGCUAAGGGGCAUAAGACCUGUGUUAUUUAAUUCAGAUUAUUUAUUGAACAAUCCCAAAUAAUGGACUCAUUCAAAGAUUUAAAUGAUGCCAGAAUUUGUAAAAUGUACUUAAAUAUGUAACACUCUGCAAGGACACCAGAAUUAUCAGGAAAUUAAAUAGGAAGACUCUAGAAUUUUGUGCCAAAAAACUUUUUUUACUUGAGCCUAAGGUGCUAAAUAAUAGGAAAUGUUCCUUAUAGAUACAAAUGUGUAUCUGAGACAUUGUAAGAAGGAUCCUUUGGCAACUUAGCCAGACAGCAUCGCUUUCCACAUGGUCUGCGGGAAAAGCCUAGAAUUCAAAUGCAUUCUUCGCUAUAAUGAGUAGGUACUUCAGUUAGAUUGCUGGUGUAUUGCUAGAAAUAAUGAAAUUUAUAAAUUGGACGGAGUCAUUCUCAGAAGUGGAAAGAUCACCGAUUCGGGAGGUUUUGUGUUUGUCUUUUAAUGCAGGACUUCUUUGAUUAGACACAAAUGUAUCCGGUUGGUCAGUCUUCACAUUAUCAAUCAUGUAUAUACUUUGUGAUUUCAAUUGAAGCGCUUAAUGAUCUGUGUGUUUGGCCUUUUUUCUUUUUUUUACUUCUGUUGCGAGCUCAUUUUAAGGUGGGGUCAUGGAACUUCAUAGAAUGCCUGUCGCUGUGUCCCCAGUGUCUUAGGAGACACUGUGAGGGGCAUGCGUGUGCGGGGGUGUCCACGGGAUGCCCGGCCCUGUGGGCACCCCCCAGGUUGCUGUCUCAUGCGCUUAAUCUUCAGAGCAUUCCUGUGGUGUGGACAGGACUGGCGAUGUUACCGUUUUGUAUUUGAGAUACCUAAAGCUGAGAAAACCUAUAUUAUUUAUUUUUGGAAUAAAGAAACUUUAGAGUAUUCGGUUAUUUUGAACCACAGUGAUAAAUCUCCUCAAUGUGUGUUGGGGGGAUGGACAGGGGAACAGCUGAAAUUUCUUAAGACUGUCAGGCUCAGAAAAUCUGACUGUAAUUUUAAUUUAGGAGUAGACUGGUCAAAAGAAAGAAAAAUUAGGAUAAAGGAAAGUAAUGAAGACAGACAAAAUAGGAAAUUAUUUCAAGUUUUUAAAUUCAAAGUCCAGCUUCUAAGGAUAUGAUUACUAGCUUUUCAUUUGUUUUAUUUGUGUAUUAAAAAUGUCUUGGUUGUAUAAAAAAUAUUUGAGUAUGUAGGCUUCUCAUUUUGCUAUUGCCCAGAUUGGUAUUUAAGUAUAUGGAUUAAAAACUUAGUCUGUACUUCAA